AUGGAUGAUGAAGUUGACUACAUGUCUGAUGCUAUUUUGAAUGAAAUAGAAGAUGUAAAACCGGGAUUAUUUAUAUCACGAGAUGCCCAACGACAGCGUACAGUGGAGGCGAAUCGACGGAAAAACAAAUGUCUUUCCAAGUCGGAAAGGGAGAUCCAUCACCUCAAGGAAGGUUUAAAGAAAAAAGUUGGGCCUGAAAAUAAAGGUUUCAGUCUACUUUCAAAAAUGGGAUACGUUCCGGGUAAAGGUUUGGGAAAAAAUGCUACUGGGAUAGCUGAUCCUGUUUCUAUUGAAAUCCCUCAGGGUCGUGAAGGCCUCGGUUUCGCGUCGGAAAAAAACGAACGUAUGAUAUUUAGGGAAAACCUCAAACAACAAAUACAAAUGGCUUACAAAGAUGAAUUCCGAAGCACUAUGGCCGUGAGAUUUCGACAGAACCGUUUGAACCGACAACUGGAUGUUGCCCGUCGGAUAUGUCAAGAUCUGGAUUUGAAAGAACUUAUUGAAACUCCAGUUCACGAAUCAUUCUGGCCACCUAUUGAUCUUGUUCCAACUGAAGUCGCUGAUAAUGGUAAAUAUGGAUCAGUCAGUUCGAAUGGUUUCAAGUCUGGUAAAGACAGAAUUCCUGUGAGUACUGUAUUGCUUCAGGAAGAUGAUGUGAACGAAGACUUUGCAGAUAAUGAUUUAGCCAAACUGGACUCGAAACAUGCGAAUUGUGACUACACUUCUGUUCAAAGAAAUUUCAUACAACUUUUGAAUUAUUUACGAAGUCGACAUAAUUAUUGCUUUUGGUGUAGCCUACAGUACCAAAAUCAAUCUGAACUUUUAGAACAGUGCCCUGGAGAGGAUGAAGACCAACAUGAUUAA